GGCGCGCAGGCCUUCUCCGAGAGGAGGGGCGGGGCGCGGGGCGGGGCGAGCAGCGGCGGAUUGGCGGGCACGCCCCCUCGCCCGCGUCCCCCUCUCCGCCUCUCUCCACCGCCUCCUCUGGCUCCCCGGUCAGAGGGCCGGAGCGAGAAGAUGGCGAAGACGUACGAUUAUCUCUUCAAGCUCCUGCUGAUCGGCGACUCGGGGGUAGGCAAGACCUGCCUCCUGUUCCGCUUCUCAGAGGACGCCUUCAACACCACCUUCAUCUCCACCAUCGGAAUUGAUUUUAAAAUCAGAACGAUAGAACUAGAUGGCAAGAAAAUUAAGCUUCAGAUAUGGGACACAGCGGGUCAGGAAAGAUUCCGAACAAUCACGACAGCGUACUACAGAGGAGCCAUGGGCAUUAUGCUGGUCUAUGACAUCACAAAUGAAAAAUCCUUUGACAAUAUUAAAAAUUGGAUCAGAAACAUUGAAGAGCAUGCCUCUUCCGAUGUUGAAAGAAUGAUCCUGGGUAACAAAUGUGAUAUGAAUGACAAAAGACAAGUGUCAAAAGAAAGAGGGGAGAAGCUAGCAAUUGACUAUGGGAUUAAAUUCUUGGAAACAAGUGCAAAAUCCAGUGCAAAUGUAGAAGAGGCAUUUUUUACACUUGCACGAGAUAUAAUGACAAAACUCAACAGAAAAAUGAAUGACAGCAAUUCAGCAGGAGCAGGUGGACCAGUGAAAAUAACAGAAAAUCGAUCAAAGAAGACCAGUUUCUUUCGUUGCUCACUACUUUGAUGAACUCUUUCUGAGAGACUGCAGCACACCUAGAGGGCCCUUUCCUGCUUCUCUGAAAGCACAGGUCACCCAGCCUCAGAAUCACACCUCCCGGCUGCUGCUGAGAGCACCACUGAACUUAGACCUCUCAACACAGAAUGCCAAGUGGAUUCCAGCCUCAUGGCCUAGCAAAAGAACAGGCUCCUUUUUUCAAACAUGGAAGCAAUGAAGUGGAGACACAUGCAGGACCUAACUCGUUUUUUCCUUGUUUUAUUACCUGUUGCAGAAGCUGUUAUCUUUCUUUUUUACUUUGCACAUCAGUGUUAGCCUUUCCCUAUUUCAGCACAAUCUUAGACUCAUAUUUGCACACUUUUGUGUCAUGAAGUUCUAGACAAAUUUGUACAUGUGGCAAUGUUAAAAGAGCAUUUACAGCAGAGGUUAAUAUACUAAAAUUAAAGGGUAUUUGGUCUGGUUCAUAUGGUCAAAUAUUACUGCCUUGGUGGCAUUUAUUUAAGGGCUUUUUCUUAAAUAAGAAUCAUUAAAGUCAUUUAAAAAUUUACUGAAAUGCCCAUCUUGUCAUCAAAGGCCACAAUUUCUUUAUUUCUUCAGAUUAAGAGCUUUGCCUCAUCCCUGACCUGUUUGCCAGAGUUUGGGUAGCUGAAUGAAUCACUUUUUAAAAUGAUUACCUCUGCCUAAUCUAUAGAAACUGCUUUUGGAAAUCACCAUAAUCUCAUUUUUCCCUGGGGUUUGUAUUUGCUAUUCUUUCCCAUGUUUGACUUAACUGUAAUCACUCAGUUACCUAAAACUAAUAACAUAUUUGAACAUUAUUAUCUGUUUCUAUCUGUGAACUUCUUGAGCUGAAAUUUUGCGUGGGCUGAGAGAUAUACCAUUUAGGGUUUUAGUGCAGCAUCUAACUGUGAUUCUGUCAAGAAGGAUAUGUAAUACAUUUUUUCUUAGGUUCACUCCUUAGCUGGCUGGUUUAGUUGUAAUACCAAAUUCCUACCAUAAUCCCUGUCUACAAAAGUUAGGUUUAGAUUUUAGUUUGUGGAAACCUUCCCUAUAUAGAGACAGAUUAACUUGUUGAUAUAAAUUUAAUAGAGCUAGUUCUUGGUAAUGGUGAAAAUAAUGAUUUUUGGUUGGUUUUAUUUGGGAGAUAUUUUUAGAAAUAAAAGUACUUAGACCUAGUGCAGCCUCUAGGACAAGUCUUGCCUUUUCAUUAGAGAAAACAGGACCAAGGUUUCAGUUUUCAAACAGCUGUUGUUGAAUGUGUGGAACCCAGUUCCAUCUGUUUUGGUUCAUUGUUACAGAACUUAGUCCAGUCAUUUGGGCUAAAGCCAACCAAAAGCUUAGUUGCCUUUCUCAACAAACACUGGUACUGGUAUACUUUUGUAGAUGAAACCAUCACAAGGUAUUUAGUGUUAACUUCUGUGCCAAAUUCAGAUCACUAUGUCAUUGCUGUUGCUCUAGCCUUCAGUGUCAUAACACAGAGGGGGAAUGAGGGAAAUGAAUUCUGUUAAUAGUUAUUCUCCCUGGUAUGCCUGUUUUGCUUCACAAAGGCUACUAUCAUGCUGGAUAGUUAAGAACAGGAGAUGGCAGUGGAAAGGGAUUGCUUGUUACCACAGAGAAUUCUCUUCAAAUUAAGAUAUGUCAUUAGAAUGCUUGGACCAGUCAAUCUUUUGUACUUAUUUGAAAAUAUAGGAACAAUUUAGCAGCUGCAAAUAUGCCCAAGCUAUUUUUAAUAGAUAUACUAAACUUAUUGUUGACAAAUUUCAGCCUCCUUAAUUUUUUUUUUUGGUAAUUACCUAUAGGCUUAAAAGUCAUUCAUUGCUGUUCUAGUAUAAUUAGUAGUUCCAUGAUUGAAAGUUUAUUGUAAUUCUACUAUCUUCAAAUUAGAUACAUUUUCAAAAGGAAAAGAUGAUUUUUUAGAAACAUCUUAUAUUCACUAUUUCCUGAAAAAAAUCCAAGCAGUUAAGCUUUCUGGAUGGUAACAAAGUACCUUCUAAAAGAUAAGUGCUAUGACACCAUGUAUGAAUGUAAUUCUCUUAGUAAUUUACCUCUGACUAUUUGGUGUCUUAACGCUUUGGUUUAUAUAAUCUCAGGGGUUGUCUGUAAACCAAAACUGACAUAUUCUGUGGUUAGCUUUUAUUACUUUUUUUUUUAACAGAAUGCUUUGCUCUGGUUAUAUUUCUUCUUUCUUUCUUUGUCUUAUAUGGAUUAAUAACUAGUCUCCGUGAACUUCACUUGAAAGAGCCUGUGAAAGUUAGAUGAGCCCAAAAGUGCUCUUUGAAGUAGCAGCAAAUUGGGAGUAUAUGCUCUGUUAUAUAGAAAUAAAUUGUCCUUGCUAUUUUCUUACAUUUAGCUUUGCUAGAUUGUAUAUACAUUGAGCUAAGACCUUAGGAAAUUCACUUUCUGCAUGAUAAAAUGACCCAAUAAAUGUUCCACUUUGCUUAAUAAUGUACAUACAGUGCAUUAUUUUUUCUAUUUGUAGAUGAAUUUAAUGACAGAUAAUUGUCUGUUCCCUGCUGAAACUGAAGAAAUCUAGUUUUUUUGUGAACAUUUUUGUGGUCUUAUGGAUAAGGUACAUGAAGAUUUUUGCAGCAGUAUUAGUUGUUCAGUGGCUGCACUUUAUUAUCAGUGUGUUAAUUUUUGACAAUGAUUGGACUAGACCUUUUCAAAUAGAGUCUGAGGGUAUCAGACAGUGAAAAUGUGCUGUAACUAAGUAGCAUGUAAAUCAGUUGAUUGUAAAACGUUUCGCUGGGAACUUAUUUUAGCUAUAUUUUACUUCAGACAGAUUAUGAUACAAUAAUCUACCUGUGCAUCAGUUAGUAGGUGCUGCAGGGUUUCUUACUAUUUACAGAAACAUUUUGUGCCGUCUUCGUUAUACUAAUUUUCAGAAGACUAUACUCUUUACUUUGAAGGUCUAUUUUUUAAUUAUACCUCAUUUAGCUAACUUAGUAUUCUAAUACCUGGUAGAAAAACAGUGAGCCAGCCUUUAAGCAUCUAACAAAAUUUAGACGCUUUGUUUUGUUUUGAACUGAAGACAUCACUGGGAAAGGUAGGAAAUAUUAGUUUAGAAUAGAGCAUACAUGUCAUAUCCAGUAGCAUAAGAAAGGUAUUAUCUCCCUGUCUCCAUUAAUAAAUUUAGCUGUGCAAUAUAGGUGCGUUUUUGCAGAAGUUUCUAAGUAAGAGAUUGUAACUCCAUUUUACAGGUUCUGAAUGCUCAGAGUCUAUAUUAAGGCUUAUAAAGUUUUUCCUGUGAUCAGUAAGUGAUACAUUUAAGCAGACAUUCUUUUCAAGUUCAUGACUUAGAUUCCUUUACAAAUUUAGUUCUCAAUCUUUAAAGAUGAGCUUCUAAGCUUAAAAUUUAAAAACCACAUUUCAUUAUGUUGGUUUACUUAUUGUAAAUUUUAAGCACUCAUUUCUGCAAUCAGGUUUCUUAGAAUUUUUUUUUUUUUAAACAGAAGAGACAUUCCUUUUUCCUUGUUACAUCCAAGGGGGGCACAGGGGUAGGUGGAAAGGAAUGUCUAAAAAUGAAAUCCCUUGAUACAGAGGGACCUAGACGGACAGGAUAUGCUAAAAGAAUUUCAAAUUCUAGCACAGUUUUAGAGCAGAAUAAGUCAUUUUUUAGACUAAUAAAAUUAAUGGCUGUCAUGUUCACUCUGAAAAAAAUCUAAAUGACUGAAAUGUACAGAAAUAAAAAUUAGCAAACAAUUAUUCUAGGGAUAUUUUCAGAUUUUAUUUCAUUUCUUGAAAUGCGUGUGCCAUAUGCAAUUGCAUUUCUUGUGCCAAGAAACUAAUAGAACUUAUUUCCCUUUCUUACCUUUUUUUAAAAUGUGAAUUUAGUUAUUAUAGUUCAAUGUUAUGGCCUUACAGAUGGGUUUUAUUUUGUUUGCAGCUGACACUGCAGUUCCUUUCAUGCAAAAUACCAUAAACUGUUUGAUGAAAAUCAUGCCCCAAUGGAAACUCUCUAGUUUUUCCAUAUAAUUAUCCUACUGUACAUGUUUAAACAUAUUUUAUUUUUGCCCCAAUGGCUUAAUGUGAAAAGCUCCUGCAGAUAAGUGGACCUGUCAUGUGGUUAAUCUUGUUUAAGCCAAUUCAUUAACUGUGUACUGAUACCGAUGCUAUGUUUUUUUUUAAUGGAUUUUAUUCCAGGUGAACUUUUUUUUUAUAAUAAUGUUCGUCUAAAAUAAAAACUACAUAAUGAAAAUGAAAA